AGACUCCAUUCUUCUCCCGAUUACUUCUCCUCCUCAUUCUGCUUCUAAAGCUGGGCCACACCAGUGAACAGAAAAAUCACACAGAAGUACACGAAUAAAAAAGAGGAGGGUCGGACUCUUGCCUUUUUCCAAUCUUCGCUGCAGCCACACAGUCAGUUAUUACGCAGGGCUGCAAUUGCGCCACUUCAGGAGGGAGGUUUUUCUGAUCAGGGAACACCGUCGUUGCUAGGGGCUUUACCGGAUUUUUCUUUGUUUCAUGUGGUUUUAUGAGCUUGGAGGAGGAGGGGUGAGAGAGCGAGAGAGAGGGAGAGUGGGAUUGAGGGAUUGAGGGAUUGAGGGAGUGAGUGAGUUGCGUGGUUUGUUUUGGAGUGUUUGGAUUGGUGUAAUUGAAGGGGAGGCAGGGUUGAGCAUUGAAGUUUUAUUGGUUUAAACCGAGAAUUGGAUCCUCCAUGCGUGCUCAGUGGCUGGGAAGGAGGUUUUGUCCGUGGUCGUGAGAAUGCAUUCUGCUUUGUGCAGCGGCGUGUGUGCGGGUGUGACGGGACGGCUGGUGGAGAGUCCUGGCAGUUGCUGUAACGUACGCAAGAGUACACAUGCGGUGGACUCUCAUAGUUUUUGUAGGUCGAGAUCAAGCGCGCUUAAAAAUUUGAAACAGGGUCCUGGAUUAAUUGUAGUGAGUAGGAUUGCAGGUAGUGAGAAAUUUAGGGUUUUUUUCCCGCUGAGGGAAGGGGGAGCUGGGCUUUUGUAUCCUAGAGCGUUUUCGUCCACUUCUGAGGAGAGCGCCUCGCAAAAUGGUAUAGUUAGGGGCGAGGAUGGUGAAACGGAGGCGUGGGGGGGCUUUGAUGAAGCAAAGCCUAGCGAUGGCGGGGACCAAGGCCAAAAUUUCGUUCAUGCGCUUCAUGAGGCAGCUUCUGUCUUCCAAUCUGCAAUGGAGGAGCAAGAAUCCCUCACUCGCGGACCUUGGUUUGCUCAGAAAUGGCUUGGCAUUGACAAGAAUGCCUGGAUGAGAGCACUCGCUUACCAGGCUGCUGUACAUUCGCUGCUCCAAGCAGUUCAGGAGAUCGCAGCGCGUGGCGAAGGGCGAGACAGGGAUAUUCAUAUUUUGGUACAGCGUAGCUCAAUGCGUCAGUGUGCGCCACUUAGAGAUUCAAUCCAGCAGGAGUUGUCUACAAGGGACUCGUCGUCCGAUGAUUGGUUGUGGCUCCAGCAGCAUCCUCAGGCUGUGGCCAGCUUUGUCAGUCUCCUGGAGAAAGACAAGCGAUUUGCGGCUGUAACAUCCACAGGCUGGGAAGGGACGGCUGCAAGUCCAAGCAAUGCAAGUGACGUUGCACUUCUUAAACUCUUUCUGACCUGUAGCGCAGCCAUCACGAAGUUAGGGGCAACAGCAGUAUCUUGUCCUCUAUUUACAUCAUUGCUACCCGAGGAGAUUGGCCGCCAAAUUCAAAAGCUGCUUGAGUUUAUGUCAAUAGAAGACAUAUAUAAGUUUUCAUGUAGUAUAGGAUUCAAGCGGCAGUUUCUCGACAACUUCGGAUCUAGAGCAGCAGACGUGCAAAAGUGGCAGGCUAAUGAAAGAGAAGGGGUCUUCUGGAUCAAUCUUAUACAGCAGCUGCUUUGUGCAGCUUUAGUUAGGGAAGGUGUACACUUAAAACUACAAGUGACUGAGGGAAUUGAGGAUCUGCAGCAGGACUUGGGCCUAUUUGGAUUCUUUGUCGCUUUGGGACGAAGCACUAGGGCCUAUUUAGCAAGCCGAGGUGUAGGUGACUCGGAGGAAUCACUUGCAAGCCUGCUUAGGUACUUAGAUGGUGGUAGUGUCUUGUUUUAUCCGCAAUUUGCAAGGGUAUCCUCUUACCAGCUCUUUGUGGAGGUAGUGUGUGAAGAGAUGGAGUGGCUUUCUUUCUAUCCAGGAAGCCCACCAGCCAAGUCUCAUAAUGAGCACAAGAAGGUGAUGUCUGGAGUUAGUAAAGCAGAAAAGCAAAUGGCUCUUGGAGUGGCAAUUCAGAUGUGCUCGUCGUGGGUUGGAAGCUUUGGCCGUUACAGUACCUGGGUUCUGCAACCACAAGGUUUUCGGGGGGCCACGUUCCUUGAGAAGGGUCAGCAGCGCCUGGAGGAGUGCUUCAAAGUGUACAAGCUGGUAGGUAGUGAUGGAACUCCAAUCAGGGAUGGAAGCGAUGGGAAAAGAAGUGUCACCGACAGCCAAAAACAAGAUUUGGAAGGGAAAGCAAAUGUUAAGCGGUUUGAAGAUAACUUAUUGCGUACUUGGGAUGUUCCUACUGUGACACCUCUAAACAUGAGUAAAAUCCCAGCAGAUCAGAUGGGAUUGCAGGAAAUGGAACGUCAACUCAAAUUAUUUGAUGAAGAGCUACAAAGCGUGGAGCUCGCCAUUCACAAAUUGGAAAUGCUCCUCAGAGAGUCUGAAUCUAAUGGAAGUUCCGAAAGAGAAACUUUGUCUGCAAUCCGGGUUGAUCUGAGGAGGAUAUGGGCACUGAAGAGAGAAGUAGAAUCACUGGAGCUGUCUUUGAAAGCCGAAGCUGGCCUUUUAAGAAAGAGCUUUGAAGUUUUGAAUGGCAAAGGGAACGCAGAUGGGAGGAGUGAUUAUGAGGAGAAUGACCGUCGAAGCACAAGUUUGCAGUCGCAAAAUAGAGAGAAUCCUAUUCUGCAAGGAGCAGCGAAUCUUGGUCGAGGGUUGGUAAAUUUCAUCUUCCCGUUCUCAAAUCUUAAGCAGGAAAGGGAAGAUGUAAGCAGUUCUGCGGUCAGCGAUGAUGCGUGGACACCUAACUACGAAGCAACUAAACUUGAAGCAGAACGAGCAGAUUUGAUUUUAAAAGAAGACGAAGCCAUUGAGCAGUUAAGAGGCGAUUUGGCUGCAUUAGAGGAUCGUAUACGUCAAGCUGCUGUGCAAGCAGGGUCAGAAAGGGCAUCAUCAAGCGGAGAUAUGGUGCGGAUGUCAAAUACAUCGAUCACCAGCCUAAAUUCCGGGUUCACUGAGGAUGGCAUUGAUGUUUCGGAGGUUGCUGGAACUUCUGGAGGUGUCAUUGGCAAGUCUAUUGAGAAGCUCAAAGAUGCUACCUCUGAUGCAUGGAGGGGCACUGUUCUUCUGGGCAGUGAUGUAGGUGUGGCAGUAUUGCUGUUAAGACGAAGUGUUGCUGGUCAGGAACUCACCGACCGGGAGCAAAAGAUACUCAUGAGAACGGUCACUGACCUUGCUUCAGUCAUACCCAUAGCAGUUCUUAUGUUAUUGCCUGUUACCGCUGUGGGGCAUGCUGCUAUACUUGCUGCUAUUAAGAAAUACGUCCCUGGCCUGAUUCCUACUGCUUAUGGCCGAGAGCGCCUCGAUGUCUUGCGACGGUUAGAGCAACUGAAGGAAUUAGAAUCUGAAAAUGAAUCAGACAACCGGGAGAAAGCUACAGCUAGACAGCUAAAUACAAUUUCUGGGAGGAAGUUGGACUAAAAGUCUGAACCACCUUUUCAUUGAGAUUUAUUCAAGAACAUAGUGUGGAACUGCUCAGUAAGAAGCUGGAGUCUAUUCAAGAUCUUGUCAAGAUUCACGUCCUGACUGCAUAGAGUUGUGCUUGAGAAAUUACCAUGGGAUCACUUGAGGAUUCUACGCUUUUUUUGCUGCAAUCCUUUUAGGUUAUGUCCGAAAGUUAUUCGAGUGUCUGUUAAUGAUGUAACUCACAGUUUGUGGUGCAAUUGAAGGCAUAGAGAUGCUUGAUAUGUAGGUGCCAAGUGCAAAGCCUCCAACGUCUUGUUCGCUGUUUUGUUUACGAAUAGAAUUGCACCAUGUAACCUUAUUAGUGUUCAUUUAUUUAACUCUCACCAUUCUUGUACCCUUGA